AUGUUCCCCUGGUCAGCAGUGUUUUCUCUGGAGCCGAAAGUGCCUGGACAGCGUACGGCAGAAGAACUAGUCACCAACACCCUGAUGCUGGAGCUGGGUGCCAUGGUGAAGCGCACCGAACGUAUCCGCCUGGAAAGGGUGACAAAAGAGGGCCGGCGCCGGCGCAGCUCUUCCUCCGCUGACUACAGCUGGCUGGCCACUGCCCCCACCCACCAACCCUACGAGCUGACCCCCCGAGACCUGAUAGAACUGCAGGACCUGUGUGCCAGGGUGCCACCGUCUCAGUGUGGCCCUGUCAUUGUUAGGUUCAGGAAUCUGGUGACGGAGAUUGAGCCGGAGGUUCACGAGGUGGCUCGUCUGUUCCGCACGGUUCUACGUGACUGUGUGGAGGGAGAAGAGGAGAACGAGGAGAUGAGGAUGAGGUCAGCCGGCUGGGACAAACAACGCAGCAAGAGCCUCUCCUUUGUAUCCUUCCGCUCCAAGUUCCGCCCCGCUCCCUUCAGGGGUGGGGGCCUGGGCGGGUCACGUGGCAACCUGCAGGAGGAGUCGAGCUGGUACGAGGAGGACGAGGUGGAGCAGCAGGAGGGAGCAGCAAACGUGGCAAGAGCGGCCAGGAAGGGGAGGAGCAUGAGCAUGCCUGAUAUCACCCCCAUCGAACAGAGUGCACUUGGCUGAGGGAGGGAGGGAUGGAGAAAGAGAAUAGGAGAUGAGAGAUUGAUAGGGGAGAAGGUCAAGAUGAAAUGCAACAUGAGGACAGCUCACACCUCAGCAGAUUUCCACUGACUGUUUAGACAUAAUGCAGUUACAUAUACAAGAGUAGAAUUGCAAGCUUAGCCAGCAGAUAUACAACACUAUUUCGUUUUUUUAUUGUGAAUUACAUUUUCCGAAUGCGUUAACACUUGAAAUGCAUGUAA